AUGAAUAAUCACACUAGUGUGGCAAACCAUUAUAAUAAUGGUUCUACUGCUGCUACUACUAUGAUAAACGAACCUAGUACAAGUGCGCUUCCUACAGAUGCAAGUACAAUAAAUAUGAACACUACUAACACUGAAAAUGAUGAUAAUGCUGCUAAGACCGGAUUUAGGAAGCUAAAAAGGGUAUCCACGUCUUCCUUAUCAUCAUAUUAUACAACUGUUGGUGAUACUGGUGAUGGUGGUACAUCUACCUUGACUAAAGGGUCAUUAGCUAACAACAUUAAUAGUAUUCCUGAGGCCAAUUUUUAUGAUGAAUACGUCGGCACACCCUUAUAUUUGAAAAAAUCCAGAAGUAGGAGCAAUCAAUUAUAUAAAACGACCAGUUCUAAUCUCACUCGUAAAAACUCCUAUAUUACCCUAGGAAGCCACAGCAGUUUAAUUAUAGAUAACACCAAAGAGUCUGAUAAUGCGGAUGAUUCUAGGGUAUAUGAUGAUGCUACAAAACAUAACAACGCUGCUGAUAUUAGCAAUCAUCGCCAUUAUGACACACAGACAAAUGAAGUAAUUGAUGAUGAGGAUGAGGAUGAUGAGUAUAGAUAUGAUACUACCAUGUCUGUCCCUGAAUCUGCUAUAGAAGAUAAUAGUGAUGAUGCCAGUACUAGCACCAACUAUAAUCAUAUUAAAGACGUGAAUGAUAAUGAUGAUAAAGAAGACAUGUAUUAUAGCCCCACAGAACACACACCUAACUAUUUCCGAUAUGCACAUGGAGAUAUAUUGCUUGACAACGAUGUCGAUUCUAAGAACGGGAAUGAUCGGAAAGCAAGCAUAAGCGCAGCCUUGGAAGAUACUAAUGAAAAUGUUGAUAAAAAAAAAAACGAAAAGUGCGCCAACAUUAUUAACGAAGAUAAUGCACCCAAGUGUAAUAAUAGUAAUAAUGUGUCUAAUAAUAUUAUAAAUAACAUUGUAAAUAACAUUCAUAUUCCACAGCUGAAUAACACUAAUGGCGUAGAAAUUGUUCAGUAUUCGCCAAGCUCCUCGACGUCUAGCCAAUACAAUACUCAGAAUAGCAUUAAUAAUAAUAAUAAUAAUAAUAAUAAUAAUAAUAAUAAUAAUAAUAAUGGUAAUAAUAAUAUCAGUAGAAUUAGCACUAAUGACAGUACAGCAACCACAUUAACAUCUAAACGUUAUAAUAAUAGCAAUAUUAUUAGUAGGAUUAGUACUAAUGAUAGUACAACAUCCAAACGUUAUAAUACUAAUGUAAAAUUUGAAAGAGAUACAAAUAAUAACCAUACAUUAUACAAUUCGGCAGCAAUGUUACAAAACCCGCCAAUAGAUAUGUUGUAUAGCAAUUGUAGCGAAACUGAUAAGUGUAGCACCAACGAGGCUUUGGACAGGUACAUUAAACAAUUGAUGAAGGAAAAUCCGAUACAUAUCGCACAACCAAUAAAAAGGCCUAUUAUUACCAAUCCUCUAAUUGAUAUUGCUACUUUUCCAACGGAUAAAUUAUUGGAUAUGUUAUCGUGUUUGUUAACGAAAAUAGUAAGAUCCAAUGAUAGGUUACACCAAGGUGACGUUGAAGGUAAUGUUAGAGAUAAUAAUGAUACCAAAGCUUCUGGAAAGUACAAUAAAAGUUUGAUGAGUUUUAAGGGGAAAACAAUACCAGGUAUAAGUUUGGAAAAUUAUUUAAAAAGAAUUUUUAAGUUUUGUCCCACUACAAAUGAUGUAUUUUUGUCCUUAUUGGUAUAUUUUGAUAGAAUAGCGAAAAGAUAUAACAAUAAUAUUGGAGGUACUACAAAUGACACCGGUGACAUAGACAGUGGCAAUGGCAAUGGUACAAUAACAAAUAGACAGAAGUUUGUUAUGGACAGUUAUAACAUACAUAGGUUAAUUAUAGCGGGUGUUACAGUGUCUACCAAGUUUUUCAGUGAUUUUUACUAUGCAAACUCCAGAUAUGCAAGGGUUGGUGGAUUAUCUUGUCAAGAAUUGAAUAAUUUAGAGCUACAGUUCCUAAUAUUGUGUAAUUUUGAAUUAAUUAUUACCGUUGAAGAUUUACAGAAAUACGCUGACUUAUUGUUUAAGUUCUGGACCAAGGAAAAUGCUCUGGAAGAAGGACAAGAAGGGCAGCAAAGUAAUAACGGUGGCGCUAAUGGUAACAACGACGGCAACAACAACAACAAUCACAACAGUGCUAGUAUAAAUGGUGUAAAUAAUACAAGUAAGAGUACUGAUCCAGGUCUUAUUACUAAAAACGUAGUAGGAUUGUAA